UCGGGGCCUUUUAGAUGGAGAAUUAUUUGGACGCACGAAUACUGACUGCUCCAAGAUUACUUUUUCUCGCGAUCAAAGCGGGAUACACGGCGGCCACGAACUGUAGUGGAAGCAAUCGGAUUAGGCAGACGCAAGAAACGCGUCCUUGAGAGAGACAGAAAAUGAGAAGAAAAGCGUGGAAUUGGACUUCAGAAUAUUUAUUGGUCCCUUGGAAAUAAAUACGAGAAUGCUUCUCCCAGAAACUUCCAUGCUGACUCGGUAGUAACUAAUAUAUCAGCAUUUGAAGAAAAGUAGGCUGAUCUGAGAUCGCCACGAUGAUCGACGAAUAGUACAAGGCAAUACAUCUGAGCUGCGGCAUCUAGUUCCUUAACUUCUUCUGACUGUUAUUCUUGCCAAGAUCGAGCCGCAGCAGCUGCUGGGUAGGAAAGAACUGCCGCUGUCGAUUCGCAACUUUUCAUCAUCACACAUCAGUACAUCACUGCUGCCUGUUUCCAAACUAGCCACGAUCAGAGACUGAAUCCAGCGGAUGGUAUGACUAUCCGGUUGAGAAGUCGUACCGAACCAAACGAGCUAAUAAUUCUUAAAAAAGAAUUAGGUUUGCGCAUAUUAUUACCAAAAUUUUAUACUCAACAAGGCUACAAUAAAACCCAACAAAAUUGUACUUGAAGACUUGAAGUAGGCAAAUAGCAUAAAGUAAGAUAUGAGAAUGGUCAGUAACGUACUGCCCCAGCGGCUAUAGCGUUACGGGAAGACCAAGAUGCUCGGCGCUUGUGCUUCCCCUCGAAGGCACCUACGCCUUGGCCAUUUUGGUUUUGAUCCUCGUCUCCUCCGGACCACCCCAAGCAAAAGAAGAAACGCGCGCGUCGCAUCGCCCGUUUCCAAUUCCAAUUCCGCAUCGAAAAUUCCGACGGUGUACGGGUGGGAGUGGGACCCAGUGUCAGCGUCAGCCAAGCGUCUAGAAGCCGGCAAGUUGACUCGGCCAGCCGCGGUCCUCCCAGUUCGUACCGGUGACCCCAAGCCCAUCUCGACCGUCCAUUUCCACCCUUCCCACCAUCAGCCCAUCAGGGCCGUCCUUCUCUGCAGCCCUCGCGUCGGCUACCCGCCAAUUCUUUGCCUCGCGCUGAAACCGCGUCCUCUUCUUCUUCAGUUUCUCCUCCGAUCCGUCUCUUGGAUUCUCCCAACUCCGGCCAUAUUGCCGGGGGCGGAGCAGGAGGAGGAGGAGGACGUCGUCAGAGAGGCGCCGCGGACCUCCUCUCCCCCUCCGCCGCUGGUGCUUCCUCAGCCUGCCUGCCAACCCCAGUCCCAGGCCUCCGCCGCCAUGCCGAUCCGCAAGGCGCUGGGCGCGGUCAAGGACCAGGCCAGCAUCGGCAUGGCCCGGGUCUCGGGCGCCGUCAAGCCCGACCUCGACGUCGCCAUCGUGCGCGCCACCUCCCACGACGGCGCGCCCCCCGACGACCGCCACGCGCGCGAGGUGCUCCGCCUCGCCGCGGGGGGCUCCCAGCGCGCCUGCGUCGCCUCCCUCGCGCGCCGUCUCGCGCGCACCCGCGACUACGUCGUCGCCGCCAAGUGCCUCGCGCUCCUGCACCGCCUCGCCGCCGAGGGGGACCCGCACCUCCGCGGCGAGCUCCUCCGCCCCGCCCAGGCUGGGAGGCGCGCCGGCGAGCCCGUCCUCUCGCUGCUCCUCGACUUCCGCGACGAGGCGCACGCCGCGUCCUGGGACCACUCCGCCUUCGUCCGCGCCUACGCGCUCUACCUCGACGAGCGCGUCCGCUUCCUCGCCUCGCUCCUCCCCCCGCCCCGCGUCGUGCGCUUCGCCGACGACUACACCAGAGGCAUCGGCGGCGGCGGCGGCGCGUCCCCGCCCGCGCCGGCGUCGGUGCGCGACAUGGACCCCGAGGGCCUCCUGGUCCGCGCGCGCCAGCUGCGGCUGCUGCUCGACCGCUUCCUCGCGUGCCGCCCCGCGGGCGCCGCCAGGGACAGCCGCGUCGUGCUAUCCGCGCUCUACCCGCUGCUCAAGGAGAGCUUCCAGCUCCACGAGGACCUCUCCGCCGUGCUCGCCGUCCUGCUCGACCGCUUCUUCGACAUGGACUACCCCGAGUGCGUCAAGGCGUUCGAGACCUACGUCAGCACCGCCAGGCAGAUCGACAGCCUCCUCGCCUUCUACGCCUGGUGCGACGACGUCGGCGUCGCGCGAUCCUCCGACUUCCCCGAGGUCAAGCGCAUCGACGAGAAGCUCCUCGAGACGCUCGAGCAGUUCCUGCGGGAGCGCGGCCAGGCAGGCCGCAGCUCGCCGCCGCCAGUUCCGGCACAAUCGGCGCCCCAAUCCACCGGGCAAGCCCAAGACGACGCCGACAUGAACAGCGUCAAGGCGCUCCCGGCGCCGGAGACCACCCGAUCGGUGCCGGCGAAAGCCUCUGCGGCUGCGGCACUGGCGGCCAACAACAUGACCAGUCAGGCUGAUCUGGUCGACCUCAGAGAACCGGCGGACGAGCAGGAGAACAAGCUCGCGCUCGCGCUCUUCUCCGCGGCGCCGGCGACGAGCAGCGGCGCCGACAGCAGCUGGGUCGCGUUCCCGUCGGACUCGGACGACGCUCCGCCGGCGGCGACCUCGGCGUGGCAUGCGCCGGCCGCGGAGCCCGGGAAGGCGGACUGGGAGCUGGCGCUGGUGGAGACGGCGAGCAGCCUGUCCCGGCAGACGGCGUCCCUCGGCGGUGGGAUGGACCCUCUGCUCCUGGGCGGGAUGUACGACCAGGGCGCGGUCCGGCAGCAGGUGGCCGCGCAGGCCGCGUCGGGGAGCGCGAGCAGCGUGGCGCUGCCGGCGCCCGGGCGCAGCGCGGCGGCGGCGGCCGUGCUGAUGCUGCCGGCGCCCGACGGCACGGUGCAGGCGGUCGGGGGCGACCCGUUCGCGGCGUCGCUGGCGGUGCCGCCGCCGUCGUACGUGCAGAUGGCGGAGAUGGAGCGGAAGCAGCAGCUGCUGGUGCAGGAGCAGCAGAUGUGGGCGCAGUACCGGCAGGGCGGCAUGCGGGGGCAGCCCGCCGGGUUCAGCGGGCUCGCCGCCGGCAGCGUGUUCGCGCCGAACACCGCCGUGGCCAUGCCCUACGGCUACGGAAUGCCGGUGGCGUACAACCAUGUCGGCGGAUACUAUUAGCGAUGCGAUGCGAGGAUCAUGGUUGUGUGAAUAACACUACUCGUGAUCGAUGGCAACAAGUUAUAGUGCUUGUCUCUCGAUCGAUUCUGAUACUGAGAUAAGAAUCCGGUUCUAUACUGAUAUAAGAAUCCGGUGCUGUUGGAUGUC